GUGGGCGGGGCGCCGAACCCCCGGCGGACUCGCAGCCUCCCAGUCGGGUUGCGGCCGAAGCCGGUCCUGGCUUUGUAGCUCACUCAAGAUGGCGGCGCAGCCACCCAGCGGGAUCCGCCUCAGCGCGCUUUGGCUUCAGUGACAAAGUCACCAUGAAUGGUCAUGUCCCAGUUGGAUUGUAUGGGAACGGCUUCAAGUCAGGUUCUAUGCGAUUGGGCAAAGAUGCAAUAGUUUUUACCAAAAAUGGAGAAACCAUGAGUGUGGGCUUCUUGUCUCAGACCUACCUGGAAGCCAUAAAAGCAGAACAUGUUGUUGUUCCAAUUGUGACAUUCAACAAACACCGACAGAUGAUUAAUUUAGCAGAAUCAAAAGCAAGCCUAGCAGCGAUUCUGGAACAUUCUCUGUUUUCUACGGAACAGAAAUUGCUGGCAGAACUCGAUGCUAUCAUGGGGAAGAAAGGGACAAGGAUCAUCAUUUGGAAUCUUCGAAGUUACAAAAAUGCAACAGAAUUUGAUUUUGAUAAGGAUAAAUACGACAUCAGAAUUCCUGAGGAUUUGGAUGACAUUGCAGGGAAGAAAGGGUAUAAGAAACAAGAAAGAAUGGACCAAAUUGCCCCUGAGAGUGACUACUCCUUAAGGGCUUACUGCAGUAUUCUAUACCUUAAGCCAAGAAUGCAGAUCAUCCUACGUGGACAGAAAGUGAAGACACAGCUAGUUUCAAAGAGUCUUGCCUACAUCGAGCGUGAUGUUUACCGACCUAAGUUUUUAACUAGAACAGUGAGAAUUACCUUUGGAUUCAACUGCAGAAAUAAAGAUCACUAUGGAAUAAUGAUGUAUCACAGAAAUAGACUCAUCAAGGCUUAUGAAAAAGUGGGAUGUCAGUUAAAGGCAAAUAACAUGGGUGUUGGAGUGGUUGGAAUUAUAGAAUGUAAUUUCCUUAAGCCAACUCAUAACAAGCAAGACUUUGACUACACUAAUGAGUACAGGCUUACAAUACUAGCAUUAGGAGAGAAGCUGAAUGAUUACUGGAAUGAAAUGAAAGUGAAAAAAAAUUCAGAAUACCCUCUAAGUUUGCCUGUUGAAGACAUACAGAAGCGUCCUGAUCAGACGUGGGUUCAGUGUGAUGCUUGUCUAAAGUGGCGAAAGUUACCAGAUGGGAUAGAUCAGCUUCCAGAAAAAUGGUAUUGCUCCAAUAACCCUGACCCACAGUUCAGAAAUUGUGAAGUUCCAGAAGAACCUGAAGAUGAGGAUUUGGUACAUCCCACCUAUGAAAAAACCUACAAGAAGACCAGCAAGGAGAAAUACAGGAUCAGACAACUGGAAAUGAUCCCUCAGAUUAAUCAUGAGCUAUUAUAUCAGACAAAUGUUUCAAGUCCGAGCUUUUCUACUGUGAAGGAGAGUGUUCCAAGGCCACACCUUCCAGAUGUGGGGAAUCUCUUCACAACAAGGCUUAUAAACAACCACCUUGCUUCACCGCAGACUGAAGCUGAGAGCAACAGCAUGAAGCGGAAGCUUAGUGCUCGUUCAGUUCUGAAUGCAAAGACUCGGAGAUUAAAUAAUCCUCCAUUUGAAAAUUCAUCUUACAAAAAUGAUGAUGAUGAAGAUGUCAUCAUUUUAGAAGAGAAUAGUACCCCAAAACCUGCAGUAGAUCCAACUGUAGUAGAUCAUGAAAUCGAGGUCAAAUCAGAACAGAUUCACAUUGAGCAGAGUGGUGCUCAGGUGGAGCUAAUAGACGGUCCUGACCCUUGUGUCCAGGCUAGUGCAACAAGCACCUCCACCUCCAGGUGUGAGCAGGGCACUGCAGUCUCCACCCAGACGGAAGUACCAGGUCUGACUGUGAAAAAGGAAGAAAGUGUUGAAGACAUGGCUGCAUCAAAUGAUACAUCAGCACUGUCCUGUGUAAAUGCUAGGGCAAAGGUGCAGGACACCUUGGAGAAGUCAGCAGAUGCUGCUGGCCGUCAGAUUCAGGAACUGAGAAGCGAGCUGCUUUCAGUCACGCAAGAAAGAGAUGAAUACAAGAGACAGUGUCAAGUGUUUUCUGAGCAGAUAAAAGUCUUACAGCAAAGGAUAUUAGAGAUGAAUGACAAGUACGUGAAGAAGGAAACUUGCCACCAGGCCACUGAAACUGACACUGUGUUUUUACUUGAAAGUGUUAAUGGUAAAUCUGAAAGCCCAGACCAUGUAGGAUCUCAGUAUCAGCAAGCUUUGGAAGAAAUAGAAAGGCUGAAGAAACAGUGUAGCACCCUGCAGCAUGUGAAGACCGAAUGCAGCCAGUGUUCUGGGGCUGAGAGUAAAAGUGAGAUGGACGAGAUGGCUGUGCAGCUUGAUGAUGUGUUCAGACAGCUGGACAAGUGCACUGUGGAGAGGGACCAGUAUAAAAGUGAGGCUCAGUUAUUGGAAAUAGAGAAAUCUCAUGUUCAUUCUCAGUGUGAAGAACUCAAAACUGAAAUUGAGCAACUGAAAUCUACAAGUCAGCAGGCAGGAGCUGAUGUCUCCACUUCAAGCAACACUGAGGAGCCCGUCAGUUGUGUGGAUGGGGAAAGCCUCAAACUCCGCUCUCUUCGAGUCAACGUAGGACAGCUGCUAGCUAUGAUUGUGCCUGAUCUGGAUCUUCAGCAAGUCAAUUACGACGUUGAUGUGGUAGAUGAGAUUCUAGGACAAGUGGUGGAGCAGAUGAGUGAGAUCAGCAGUACUUAGAGUGUCUGCGUACAGCCUUCUCAGUGCGGAGUUCAGUGACAGGCAACAGGCUGAAGAAUCUAUGCAUUCUAGUGUCCCAGUCACUGUGGACACACAACUUUUGACAUAAUCUGUGAAUUGCUGGUAUCAAGCAGCGUAAUAGCUAGCCUCUGUUCUGAAUGUAAAUAUUUGUAUUAAGCCCGCACAUAUUUUUUUAUUGCCCUAAAGAUUGGUGUUUUUCACCAAGAGCUUUUCAGGUUGUUACUAUGGUUUGUGCAAUUUUUCUGGCUCCCUAAAAUGUAUUUUUCUCAAAAUCCAGGGCUGUGCCAUAAUAUAAAUGGAUAUGUUGCUACUGUUGUUUCUUUAAAUGAGCAUAAGAAAGAUUUUGAAAUAAUGUAAUGACACUCCUGAUAGGGUGUGCUUAUAAGGGAAUUGAGUGUUAGUGCUGUUUUCUAUAAAUUCCUGUCUCUGAAAUAAUUCUAUUCAUAGGAGAGAGGAAGGCCAAUGCUAGCUGCGUUUGUCUGGCUUUUUCUUGUGCUGAGAUUGCUAAUCGUCAAGUAAAAGUGUUUUCUGGGACAAAGAAAAGAUCUUCAAAGUGUUAAAAAUAUCCAGUGACAACCAUGUUUACUUUAAAACCCAUUUUUGGCUGUUGAUUCAGCAUGAAGUGGGCGCAAUAAUUAUUUGAGAUUUCUUUUUGUGAAAUUUCCUGUAUAGCCUUGUAAGGUUACUGCAGGUUAAUGUAAUCUGAGAAUGCAGUCUCUCUCAAACAGUACUGCGUAUCUUUUACUAUAUUAUGAAUGUAAGUGCUUUUUAUCCUGGAGUUAAUCACAAAGGGGCCUGGGAUUAUAGUGUCACAUGCCGUAAAUAUGCUUUUACUGGUCCCAAGUUCUAAGUUCUGUGCAAUCUAAAGAGAUGGCUUUACAUAUGUAACUGUAUAUAAUUAAGAAUCAUAUUUUCCACAACUAGAAUGUGUUAUUUUUCCCAAAGUUUUAUUGUUGCUAUUUAUUUUAACUUUUGUUUAUGGGGUUCCGUACAUACUCAUCUCGUGUGUAGCUAAUUACCCACGUCGUGUACAGCAGUAGAUCUUUAUGUAUGUUGCCUUCUGGAAAUUGCAAAUAAAUGAAGUUUUUGUUUUUAUUUACUUGAUAAACGUGAUUGAAAAUUUU